AAUUAAUCUGUGCAUUAAUUAUUCAACGACUUUAUUAUCUUUUAUCUCAAAGAAAACGGGAGGUUUCGAAUUAUAACCUCUCUGUUGUCUUACAUCCUGUGUGGUCGUGGAAAUUAGUUUUCUCCUUUUAUUUUUUCUUUGAAUAUUUUCGACUCGAUCCGGUCGAAAAAUCCGAAAAUGGAACACAAAGCAGAGCAGGAAAGCGAAAUCGAGGCUCUCGAUUCGAUUUACUACGGUGAAAUGGAAAUUAUUGCCACUGAGCCUUUUCAUGUUUUUGUAAUCUCAAUCAAAUCCGAUGAUUACGAAGAGGGAACAACUACGGGGAUCAUGUGCCGGCUCCGGUUUGAGUACACUGCUCAGUACCCAGAAGAGCUGCCUAUCAUAGACAUCGAAGAUUUUGACAACAUCGAAGAGGACGAGACAGAAGAACUUCUAAACUUUGUUGUUCAACAGGCAAAAGACAAUCUAGGCAUGGCAAUGGUUUUCACCCUUGUAUCCUCGGUUCAAGAAUGGAUCAACUUGAAGUGCGAAAUAAGGGCGGAGCAAAACAAAUUAGAAAAAGAAAGGAAAAAGAAAGAAGAAGAAGAGGAAGAACAGAAAAAAUUUGAAGGCACAUUGGUCACCGUUGAGUCUUUUCUACAAUGGAAACAGGCCUUCGAAAUAGAAAUGGGCAUGUUCGACAAAAAGGAAAAAGAUGAUAAGAACAAAAAGCUCACCGGGAGAGAGCUUUUCAUGCAAGACAAAUCUCUCAAUGAAAGUGAUCUCAAAUUCUUGGAAGAAGGUGUGGAGUUCGUCAAAGUCGAUGAAUCGCUGUUUCAAGACUUGGAAGAUCUUGAAAUUGAUGACACAGAAUUGAAUUCAGACGACGAUUGAUCAACAAAUUUGAAAUAUUUGGAAAUUAACUAAUUUUGUACAAUAUUGUAAAUAGUACUCGUCUUAUUUACAUUGUUGCUUUCUUUUUUUAAGAAAACUAUCAUAUUUCUGUGAUAAGAAUGGUACAGGUAGUGAAAAAUACGAUAAUUUUUUU